AUGGUUGAGAUAUUUGAUCCUUGCAAGGGCAGAUUCAUUGUACAAGACUUGGUUGGCGAAGUGUCUCUCGGUGCCGUGGAUGUUGAGUGCAUCUUGGCCUUGGAGAACCACGGACUGUCAGCAGAAGGUAUUCUCGGUGAGGAAGGUGAGGAUGUUAAAGAUCGAGUGGCGCCUCAAUUCCUGAGCAAGACCACAGGUAACAUAGUCAUCGAUGAUCUGAUUGUGGACAUCACAAAAAAUAAAUCUGCCGACGACGAUUUUCUUCGGAGAGUUGUCCUCGUGUUGCUUGGAAAAGUUCUUGCUCCCAUGUCGAGCAAGACUCGUAUAUCCAAGAUUAAUUGGAAUGCAUUCACCCUCCGGGUUCUGCUGGACUGCCUUCGCAACGUGAGGAAAGGCAAACACCUCCGCCAAUGGCCGAGAGGGAACUUAGCUCUCCUGCAGUACCUGUACUGGGAGAAGCUUCAGCCUCUGGAAGGUGAAUGCGCAUUCAAUCCUAGCUUGUCCAUGGAACCUCUAGUGAGGAAUUGGACUGAAGCUGCAGCCUCAAGGAGAGACAAGUUUGAUUAUGACCAAGGCCGUGGCCGUGGUAACAUCAAGAUUGAAGACAACAUAACCAAGGAGUAUAGGGCGCAGGAGCGCAAAGUACCCGAACCAGAAAAGCCAAAAAUGAAGCCCGCCGUUGGUGCGGCAAAGAAGUCCAAGUUAGCCUCAAACGCGGACGAGAUGAUGAACCUCAUCAUGAAGCGGUGUAUGGAUUACAUACACAGCCAAAUGAAGGAAAUACCAGAACAAGUAGCCGAGAGAUUGUUAGAGAAGUUGAACCAAAAUGGUGUGAUGUACAAGCCAGCGGCUGCUGCGGCUUCCGGCAACAACGAUGCCGACCUAGAAGUGGAUUCCUUUGAGAAUGGUCCGCCAGAAAAAAAAGAAUUCGUGUACAAGGAUGACUCUGACGGUCUAGAGCCGGUGAUUGAUUUGACACAGCCUGACGAGCCUGUUGUAAACCAGAACAACGAUGAUGAGGAAAAAACACCUGCCAAGUUAAAUGUUGACAAGACAACGAAGCCUACUGAUGAGUGCGGCGCAACACCGGAGAACCCUUGGAUUGUAGCUCUGUUUAGUGACAAUGACAUGGAAGGCUCUGUUAAGGACGAUUUGACACCGGAACUCAUCGAUGCUGCUGUUGCGUUUGUGGAGGCAGCUGCUCGGUCUGAGAAGAAUAUGACAAAAAGAGUUUACUACAAUGAACGUGGCACCUCUGUGACUGUGGAGAGUAUACGACUGGUACUUGAGCAUACAUGGCUGGCGGAUGAGAUUAUCGAUGCUUAUCAGACACAUUUGGCUCUGCGCGUUGGUCAUGAUCGGCACCUCUGUCCAGCCUGGAGGUCCAAAUACCUUGUUGAUCGUGCUAAGGCACGAGACAACCCUAAACCGUCGAAAUACAACAUGGAUAGUGCGCUGAGCAGAGCUGGAGCAGUACGUAGGGUUCUGGACGAGCAUACCGUCCGUGAUAAGUCGUUUAUCCCGUUGAACGUCGGCAAUACACACUGGAUCACCGUGGUGAUGCACAACCGCAAAGAAUUCCGAGUUUUUGAUUCGCUCUAUCCUCUCGAGUUCUCUCUCGACACUGUGAAAGCACUGCGACUAGCAAUAGCAAUUGAUAUGGAAGAGGCAAACCGUAUUACACCUGGCAAAUAUCCAGACGUCACUAAGUGGCCUAUCAUACCUCAGAUCGACAUGCCAGUACAAGAGGACGGGAACUCUUGUGGCCUUUUUGUGAUUGAAGUUAUGGAACAUUGGGACGGGGAUCGAUGGACCGCCGAUUUUACCCAGGGCACGGUUAAUGCAAGGAGAAGGCGUCUCAUCGCCGAGUUGGUUCUCUCACCUACCAACACGCUCGAUUGUGUGAAGAACAAAAUCCGCGACAUCGCAAAGAAAAGCAAGGCAUGA